AUCUCUUCCUCCUUCAACAACUUGGAUCCCUUUGGCACAGGACAGGUCCUUCCUCCUCUGCAGGUGCCUGAGCAAGUAGCUCAGACCACCAUGAUUCCACCAUUAAAAAAGCCACCCAAGUGGAUUCGCAGACCUGUGGGUGUUUCGUUUGCAUUUGGAGGAAAACUUAUUUCCUUUGGUCUUACCAAAGCUCCUGGACAGCAAAUGCAGCAGACUUACCCACACCAGGUAUUCAUCAGUCAAGUCACUACUGAAACAGAAUUCCUGCUCCGAUCCAGAGAACUGCAGAUGGCCUUGCAGUCAGGGAACCUCCUUGAUUACUGCCAGGGCAAGAUCCAGACAUCCAAGUUGCCAUUUGAUGAGAACCUUUGGAACUUCUUGAAGGUGAACCUGGAGCCGGAGUCCAGGACUAAACUCCUUAAGCUGCUGGGCUACAGUAAAGAGGAUCUGCAAAAAAAGAUUGCUUCACGUUUGAGUAAUGGGCUUCCAGAUAAACAGCCACUUCCUGAGGCAGAUGAGACAAACGCUGCACAGACAGAUCAGCUUUUGGUAAAUUCCAGUGAUGAUGUAGCUGCUGUUUCCUCCUCUUCAGCCUUUUUUGACAACCUCAUCCCACAGAAUAUGAGCACGUUGGAGAUUCCUGUGACAGAAGAUACGGAUGGACUCAUCAGCCAAGCCCUUUUGUUGGGGAAUUUUGAGAGUGCAGUGGAGCUGUGCAUGCGGGCAGAGCGCUUUGCUGAUGCCAUCAUCUUAGCUAUAGCUGGUGGGGAGAACCUCCUAAAGGAGACCCAGAAGCGCUACUUUGCCAAGCAUAAGACAAAACUCUCCCUGCUGCUUUCCUCCAUUGUGCAGCAGAACUGGCGAGAUAUUGUUUGCACAUGUGAUCUGCAGAGCUGGAAGGAGGCACUGGCCAUCUUGUUAACUUACUCAAAGCAUGAGGACUAUAGGGAGCUCUGUGAUAUGCUGGGUGCCCGCCUAGAGUCAGAGGGAGAUGCAGCCCUGUCCAAUGAUGCUUGCCUCUGCUAUAUCUCAUCAGGCAAUGUGGAGAGGUUGGUGGAAUGCUGGGUAAAAAACCAUGAGACUUCGUCACCCCUUGCCCUGCAGGAUCUCAUAGAGAAGGUGAUGGUGCUGAGCAGGUCCAUUGAGAUGAUCCAAGGCAGAGCAGGACCAGCGCCAGGCCCUGUCUUGGCAGAGCGAAUCACCCAGUAUGCCGGUCUCCUGGCAUCACAAGGAUGCUUGGCAGCUGCAAUGAAUUACCUACCCAGCAGCUCUAAAGAGCUCCUGAUUGAACAGCUCCGAGACCGACUUUUCCAUGCUCAAGGAGAGAAUGUGGAUGAUCAGCAGCCACCCCCUUUCCCCUACACUUGUGUCAAUGUAGGUGUCACUAAACAAGCAUCUCUGGCAGCCAGCAGUGGUUCUGCCCCUGGAGGAGCAGCACACAAAACGGGUCCCAGACAUCCAGAGAAGCCCAGCUAUCAGCCAUCAUUUGCUCCUCCAGCACCUUCUCAGCCUUCAGUGCCUUCUCUCUUCACGCCUCAGCCAGUGCCAGCAAUGUCUAUGACACCUCACCAUGUUGCCCCUCCCCAGGCCAGCAGUGGUCCACAAACAAGUGUCUAUUCCAGAGGGCCCCCAUACCCGCAGCACAACUUGGGCUUGGUUCCAGCAACCAUUUCAGGGCCAGCUGUGUCACAGCCUCAGUCAUUUGGACCAGUGGGACUCAGACCUGUUGGUCCUUCUCUGCCAGGACAGUCCAUGCCCAUGACAUCUCCUGGUGUUCCACCACCUGGACCUGCCCUCUUCACUCCAGCCUCAGUCCCAUCAUCUCAGCUUCCAGCAGCUUGUCCUCUCCCUGUGGCAAGCCAGUCUCCUCUAGUUUUCUCUUCAGCACCUUUCAACUGCCCCAUGAACAUGGGUUACCCUCAGGGAGGUCCUGGAGCUCCAUCUACUAAGCCCCUGCCAGCAGCCAGCAUUCCUCCUCCUCCCACAGGUUUCUUCCCUUGGCUAGAUCCCCACGUGGAUCAUGCAGCUCAGGAAUCUUGGACUGAUCCCUCUGCUGUAAGAGGAGGCCUUCAAAAGAAAAAG